GAACCUGUAGACUACAGCAACGACCAGCAGCCAGCAACAGCUGAGCAGCAGCGACAGACAGCACGGAGCAGGGAAAGUGUCUGUCAGCUACUCCUGUCAGGACUUGUUGUGCCCCAGUCACGGGCGUUUAUUUAGGAGAUAGCAUGUCGUUCAUUCUUAUGAAGAAGAAGAGAUUUAAAUUUAAAGUGGACUUCAACUUGGAGGAAUUGUCAUCGGUUCCCUUCGUGAACGGAGUUUUAUUCUGUAAAGUUAGACUCCUUGAUGGAGGCUUUGCCGAAGAGUCGUCUCGGGAGUCAGUCCAAGCCAACUGUGUACACUGGAGAAAGAAAUUCUCUUUUGUGUGUAAGAUGAGUGCCAAUGCUGGGACAGGUGUACUAGACCCCUGUUUGUGCCGGGUGUCUGUGCGCAAGGAACUGAAGGGUGGAAAAACUUUUGCAAAGCUGGGCUUUGCUGACUUGAACUUGUCUGAGUUUGCUGGGUCUGGCAGCACCACGCGUCGGUGUCUCCUAGAGGGAUAUGACACCAAGAACACCAGACAGGACAACUCAAUUCUGAAGGUUGUCAUCACAACACAGCUCAUGUCUGGAGACCCCUGUUUCAAAACUCCCCCAUCUACAGCCAUGACUCUGGCAAUCCCACAGACUGAAGCAGGGUGUCUCCUUGAGGACAGAAAGGGAGGGGACAAGCACAUAUCCCAGUCACUCACUGUAAAGUCUGCAUCAGUUCCAGAGGAGCUGAUAGCGUAUGGUCACUCUAGAACACCCAGCCAUGCGAGUCAGCAUUCAAAACUUUCAGGUUACAGCUCAAAUCACUCCAGCCUAACUGAUCUUUGCCAUCGGAGGAGUGGGUCUGCGGGUUCGGCCUCCACAGGCAUCGGCAGCAUCCCAGAACCUAGUGAUCAGCCGGGAGAGAGCAGGACCACUCCCCCAUUCUCAGCAACCUGUCAACAUGCACCUGAAAACUCCUCUACCCCUGCUAAAGUUCCAAGUAGACAUCCAGUAAAGCAGGACUCAGUGGAGAAUCAGCUGAAAAGAGUUGAUGCCACCAGAGUGGAUGCUGAUGACAUAAUAGAGAAAAUUCUGCAGAGCCAGGAUUUCAGCCACGGCUUCUUGGACUCCAGUGCAGAGGAGGAGGGGCUCAGCUUGUUUGUUGGUCCUGGUGGGAGUACAGCCUUGGGAAGCCAGCAUAUGAGGGUCGCAGCUGGAGCCUUUGAGCAGGUGGUGAUCAAGCGCUAGGCUUUGGGAGCCAUGUGCCUGUCACGUCAAGGGUGCUGUAUACUGAUCCGGGGGAGACAAGUUUGAGCUGUAGAGGUGCCGUCAGAAGUUGCUCCUCUCACUCUAGGAGAUUUAAUUUCUCUUAACCAAUCCCUCUGCGUCUGACCCACAGUGUCUGUUGACCAGGAGAGCCCCCUUGUGUUCAAGACGUGGAGGUGAAGGCCACAUUAUUGGAACAUUUUGGUGACUGGGAUAACCGUUGUACUGACAAAUCUAUUGGUCUUCUUCUAUGAAAACUGUAAAACUCAGGGUUAGUACUGUAAUUAUACACAUCCUGUUCACCCAUAUUGAGGUGUUAAGGGGGUUUUCUGCUAUUU